AGUGCCACAACUACCAUGACCUUCGAAACAUGGAAAACUGGAAGCAGAAGGAUAAAGAAACAAUAUUCCUGCGCCUCACUGGGUACAUUUCCUCAUAUACAGAGGAGCCAAAGAACAGGGAGAUUGUGUGGACGAGAGGAAAAGAGGAGGAGAGAAAAAAGGCAGAGGGACACUGAGUAAAAAAACGACAGGAAACCAAAUAAUUCUGGUGCUGUUUUCUGCAAAUCCUCCUGAGAUAAAUCACUUCAGAGGACUGCCAUUCCCAAUCCACAUUUUACAAUUAUAACUGACAAGGGGUUUUCCCAUACAUUUUUGUAAGAUUGAUUGGAAAUGUAUAAAGCACUAAAACUCUGACAGAAAAGUGACGUCUGCUUCGUUCUUCUCUCAAGGACUUUUCAGUCUCCCACACAUUUAGUGUGGUUGGUCAAGAUGUGAGCGGCUGAAUCCUUUUUGGGAGGUUUGUAUGGUUUUUACUUCUGGGCUACAUCUCACCACUUUCCCAGGGUCUGUUGGAUCAAUGGUUGUGUAUUUGAGGAUUUGUUAGUUCUGAACUCCUGGACUACUCAACUGGAUCCAGAUGAAGAAUAAAGGAACCAAGCAGAGGUCCAAAAAGAAAAGAUGUGAGAAUGCAUUCGGCUGUGACUUGACAGAACAUCUACACAAUUCAGGACAAGACGUUCCCCAAGUUUUAAAGACGUGUGCAGAGUUCAUUGAGAAACAUGGCGUUGUGGAUGGGAUAUACAGACUCUCAGGGGUCACCUCCAAUAUCCAGCGACUCAGACAGGAAUUUUGCACUGAGUUGUGCCCUGACCUCACAAAGGACAUGUACCUCCAGGAUAUCCACUGUGUGGGCUCCUUAUGCAAGCUGUACUUCAGGGAGCUACCCAAUCCUCUACUCACUUAUGAGCUUUACAAGAAAUUCACUGAAGCCGUCUCAGUCCAGGAGGAUCAUGAACGAUUACAGCAUAUUCAGGAUGUCAUUAAAGAGCUACCACUCCCCCACUUCAGGACUCUGGAAUAUCUUACCAAACAUUUGGCCCACCUGGCCACCUUAAGCCCCCAGACUAACAUGCACAGCCGCAACCUGGCCUUGGUGUGGGCUCCAAAUCUGUUGCGCUCUAAAGAUAUUGAAGUUGCAUCCUGCAAUGGGGACAUGGCUUUCCUGGAGGUGCGGGUACAGCAGUCCGUGGUUGAGUUCAUUUUAAAUCACACUGAGCAGAUCUUCAACCAUGCAGCUGCACCAAUAAAACCUAAAGGACCCGGUUUGAUGUGCGGGGAGAAGUAUGCCACUUUGCCUAUCAGUGGUCAGGGUGGUCCAAUGAAGCUGAUGAGCCUGGAAGAGGCCCAGGCCCGCUCCCUGAGCCCUAACCACCCAGCACGGAAAGAACGACAACGGGAGAACAGUCUACCAGAUACCAGCACUGCCACCCUGUACCAUACCGUCAUAGACAUAUCGGAUACCAAAAGAAAGCUUUCUGGGAAAUCCAAAACGUGGAAGUCCAUCUUCAACUUGGGCAAGUCUGUGACAGACUCUAAGGGGAAACUGAGCCGGAAUGGGAGUGUGUUCUUGAGAGCACAGAACAUCACAGAAAAGGCAGCUAUCCGACCAGCUAGAAGCAUGGACUCUUUGUGCUCUCUGCCAACAGAUGAUGACAAGCCAGGAAAUUUCAACUCAGCAGGCGAGGCCAACGGUUUCUUUGCACCAGGCAUAAAAUCCAGAACACUUGGAUCUGACUCGCUCUAUGACCUCAGUGAACACCAGAGGUGGGAGUUUGAGAUUAAGAAAUCGAGCGAGGCCACAGGUGGCAGCAGCCCUAACAUGAAGAGAAGGGGCUCUCUAAGUGUCUCACCACCCCAAAAGAAGUCUCUACCUGAACAACUGAAGGUUUUCAAAGGCGAUGACCUCAGCAGCUGCCAGCCCACCUCUCCUAAAAACAGGAGGAUGCUGUAUUCUGGCUCCACCCACAGCAGCACAUCCAGGCCCUCCUUCCCAGGAAGCCUCUUCCCUGAGUCCUCCCCUAGGCAUCAGCGCAAGGCUCUCAACAUAUCAGAGCCCUUUGCUGUGUCCGUGCCCUUGAGGGUGUCUGCAGUCAUCAGCUCCAACAGCACCCCCUGCAGGGCAACAGGGAAAGAGAGGCCUGCUGCAGCUGCCCUGAAACCCAGCAGAGAAACCUCCCAGUCAGACCAGAGUGAUAGCAGCGGCAGCUCAAGUUUCAGAGAGCACCCCCUUGUAGAGAGCAGUGUGGGGAGUGAGAGCAGUAUUUACAGUAACAGCAGCUCAACCCCUCUGGAAAAGGAGGCGAGACCAGCAGAGGAGAGGAGCAGAGAGGAGGCAGCUUCCGAAAGUGUGCCAGAAGUUUCAGGAAGUGAAGGAGAGGUGAAAGAGGUUCAAGGGAAGGUGGAAGUAUCUGACCUGAGACAGUCUUCCACUCCCAACACAAGAGAGGAAGAUAAAGAGAAACAGCAAUCUCCUGGGAAUCAACUGGACAGCCCACCAGCACCGCAGCUUGAGACAAAAGAACUGACACAACUGGAUAUGGGAUCUCUACCUAUCAAGGAAGAACUGUGGUGUGAACUCCAUCUUGAGCUGAAAAUCACUGAGCCUGAGCUUGACAUUAUGGAAGAGGAGUUUAUGCCUGUCGUUUGUUCCACCAAGAACACUCGUGAGGAUGUUAAGGCAAAAAGAAGAACCAGUCUUCCAACUCACUCGUUAUUAUACAAGGGACAGCCUUUGAUGCCCACCAGGCCUGCAUUGACUGAUCAAAGUGCUUCUACAGUAGCACAUUCAGCAAGAAAGAACUCCUCAGGCACACUAUUUCCGUUUGACAAAACAUUACAUUUCAUGGUUGGCACAGAUAUGAAAAAUACACCUCUACAUGCUGCUGAUUCAACAGAUAAAACAAAAAACAAACCCCACAUUUCCCCAACAUCUAAGCACACAGAAACCGAUAAACCCAUCAGCAUCAAGCCACGACUUGUGGUUCCUCACCUCGCAGAGCCAAGUUUACAUUCUACUCAACAAAGUCAGGUCAUAAACCAUUUGCAGCCAGGGGAUGACAUAACAUACAUAGGCAUGUCUGUAGUAGAGAAAGGAAAAGAGCCAUCAUGGAAAAGUAAAAAUCAAGAUUGGGUCAAAGGGCUUUUCCAUGAUGAUGGAAAGAAUGCUUUGUCAGUUGUCAUGGGAGGCAUUGAGAGGCUUUCAAUAUGUUUGGAGGAAAGACCCCACACCAUGGGGCUAGCACACCAAAAUGAUGAGGAUGGAUGUGGAGGACACUCCGAAUUGGAGGACUUGGAGGAGGAACCUUGGGAGGAGGUCUUCAGCUCCACCAAACAGUGGGUAACCAGUCCUCUUCAUUCACCCACAUUUAAGGAUUUGUUUGGAAAACUAGAUGUGUCAUCGUCUUGUUCUGCGGAAGAAGGUUUGAGCUCCAAAGAUCUAAACGUUCCUCCUCAAUCUAGAGAAGACAAACCAACAAAUGGAUCAUGUCCCGUUAGGAGCAUAGAAGUAUUCCCAGGAAAUAGCUCUCUAGCAUGCAGCGGCAAAACAGAGACUAAAAUCACACAUCCACUUCCGUUACCCGCCAAAACCACCAUGCUCGGUGAUGAAGCAACGAGACCACACAGAGAGAACAGCUGCAUAGCCAAGCAGAAAAACACCACCUCCUCCCAGAGAUUCCACAGACAGACGUCUUAUGAAGCAUGUUAUUCAGAAAAAACUGUGCAGGACAGUUUUUCCAAACACAGACCCUAUUCACUCAAUUUGGAUUUAGGACUUCGAUGCAUCAGAGACAUUUCCAAUCAGCAAAACCUGGAGUCAGCUGAGUUGUCCUCCAUUCAGAGAGGGGCAGUGACCCCGUCUGGGACCAAAUCCAACGGCCUGUCCCAGGAACUGGAGCGGUUCCUGAGCGAUCGUCAGGCCCCUGUGCGCCGGAACUCCGCCCCCGUCAGUGUGUCGUCUGUCAGGACGGCCUUCAUGAUAAAGACUUGCCAGGCCAAAGCCGUGCCUGUCAUCCCCCCAAAGGUGCAGUACAGCCACAUACCUCAUCCCACGAACAAUGAUGCAGGAAAUGAAGCAGAGAAAGAACUCACAAAAACCAGGGGAGAGAAACUAGAUACUGUACCUCUUCUUCCAUCUAUCAGGGAUCUAAAGGAGGAGUUGGAGAAUAAGGAGCCAGCCCCCAAAUCCCAAAUAAGGCAGUCUAUUGCAGAGAAAUCUACAGAGACUAAUAAAACCACACCUAUUUCAGACCCACCGGUGCUGAGGAGGAAACGCUCCUCCAAUGCAGAGGCCUUUGCUGACUGUCCAAGACCUGAACGGUCUACUGUUUUACAAAGACCGUCCUUUAGGAACCGCCAGAGACCACAGAGCCUCAUCUUGUUCAGUCCACCCUUCCCCAUCAUGGAUUACCCACCGCUAGGGGAUGAUGGUAAGCUCCUCCUCUCGGCCAUCAGAAGUCCAACUGAAACAUCAGAACUCGAUGUCUUUUCUAAAGAGAUGGAUGAGAAUCUCAGGACCCCAGAGGGGGUGACCCUGCGGAACAAAAUGACAAUACCCAAGAGUGGACAGAGGCUGGAGACCUCAACCAGCUGCUUUUAUCAGCCACAGAGGAGGUCCAUGAUAUUUGACAACAGGAGCCACAGGCAGAUUGAAUGAGACACUGGACAGUAACCAGUUUCCUAACACUACUCUGGUUAUCCUUCUGCUCAUCCUCCCUUUUCUUGGACUUAUGUAAAUGAUUUUAGCAAUAUUGGACUUAUAAUUCUACCUUUGGGAAAUGAACCAUUUAUUUGUUUCCAAUGCUCCUACAAUCACCUCUCUGUCCUGCACUAAAAUAAGUAUUCUCGACUAGUGGUGAAGAUUUUAGUCCAAAUCAUAUGCAGUAAUGAUCAAUUAAUAUUCAAUUAAUAUAUAUAUUUUUUUAUUCAAAUGUUAGACAUGUUUGUAAUAUGCAUAUGAAGGAUAGACAGCCAAAGAAAGGAGAAUGUUACAUCGACCCAUAUUACCAUUGGUAUUUGAGAAAAUGUAUUUUACUAGUUUGCAUUGUCAUCAUUGGUAAUCACAAGAUUGCCUUUUUGCCAAAGAGAGUUGUACCUUCAGCGAUCGCUGCUUUGUUUUUAUUUCUACCUUUUUUCUUCCAUAUUUUGUGAACUGAAUAAUGACUCCAUACAGUAUGGACCCACUGACGCCCAGCUAUUGUCGCUGUGAUCAGCUUUUAUCCUGACAUAGUAUCAGGACAGUGUUUUUCCAACAUUCUAAGUAAUGAGAACAGGAGAAAGCAGCUACUUUAGUUGUAAUUGUAUUAUAGACACUAAAUGGUAUUUAUUUAUCCAAUUAUCAAUCUAUAGAUAGUCAUUAACACACUUGACCAAUUCUUUGUUGUUGUUGUUUUUAUUUGGCUUCAAUUCUAGUAGCCAGACAUUACUCCACCAAUUCUAUAUUGUGUAAUGUUACCAAUAGUUAUACUGGUAUGUGUUACCAGUGCUACCAGUGAUUUAUCAGAACUGACAUAGUUGGUGUUCUCUUAAUUGGACAGAUGGACAGAUGACAAAAGUACCUAAUGUAAAAGUGUCUGUUGUGAUGAAAACAGGCUUUCAAGAGAAAUGUUUGCUUUUUAAAGAAAAGGAUAGUGAGAGAAAUGGAUGUGCUGACACUUGUAUUUGUGUAUGAUACAAGUGCAGAUUAUAAAAGAGAGGACUCAAACACUAUUCUUUAAAUGUUUGCGAAGAGUUAAAACGAAUAUCAGAACAGGGAUGCUGGUUGUUUGCAACUGUAUUGACAUAAUACUACAUUUGUGACCUGUGCAAUUCUGUAUGGACCAAAAUUGGAUGUAUUGUGUAUAGCCAUGGAAAGAUAUGAAAAGUAAAAAUACACGUAUAGGCCUAACAUAUUUUCUAGGGAUUUGUUCAUAGAAUGAUUUGUCGUAAUGAUUUAUUUGGGGAAAAAAAGCAUGAACUGGCGUACACCCAGAGAAAAUGAUUUAGUUUAGAGGUGCUGACUAACUGCAAAUAAUCGGUAAAAUAUAAAAAUAAAGAGUCGCACACUGUAUAUAUAUAUAUAAACUCCCAGUAAUUUAUUGGGUGAAACACCAAUGUUUCGGCAUCACUGUGACUUCUUUAUUUUUACAUGUUACAGUUUAUAAUGAUUUAUUUUGACAACAUAGUCAAAAGUUUGGACACAGCUACUCAUUCAAGGGUUUUUCUUUAUUUGACUAUUUUCUACAUUGUAGAAUAAUAGUGAAAACAUCCAAAAUAUAAAAUAACACAUAUGGAAUCAUGUAGUAAUAAAAAAGUGUUAAACAAAUCAAAAUAUUUUUUUUUUGUAUUCAUUGGUUCUCUUAAUUUUGAUAACAGAGAUGAAAAUGUAUUGAAUUUAAGGUUAUUUGUUGAACAAAAAAGGUAAAUAUUUGUAUUACUUCGUUACUGGUAGCUCUGCACUGAAGUUUAUUUAAAGCUUUCUUUGUCAUCCUCAAAUCCGACUGAGUGUAGUGGAAAAUGACUCCCAAUAUCACAAAGAACUGCAGGAAAACAAAGAUCUAAUUCUCCAUGUUGCUAUUUUCAGCUUUUCCUCAGCACAUUUAAGUGGCAUUUUAAGUAACGACAUUUUACAAUAUUUGGGCCUAUUUGCUGAAAUUAAACUGAUUUUGAUUAAUGCAUACGUUGUCUCAAUGCAAGAGCAACUACAGUAACACUUGGAUUUUGUGUUACAUCCUGAAUUAAAAAUGGAUGAAAAAUAUUAUUUCUCACACAUCUACACACAAUACCCCAUAAUGACAAUGUGAAAACAUGUUUUUAGAAAUGUUUGAAAAUGUAUUGAAAAUGAAAUACAGAAAUAUCUAAUUUACACAAGUAUUCACACCCCUGAAUCAAAACUUUGUAGAAGCAUCUUUGGCGUCAAUUACAGCUGUGAGUCUUUUUGGGUGUCUCUAAGAGCUUUGCACACCAGGAUUGUACAACAUUUGUCCAUUACUCUUUUCAAAAUUAUUCAAGCUUUGUUAAAUUGAUGGUUGAUCAUUGCUAGACAACCAUUUCCAGGUCUUGCCAUAGAUUAUCAAGUCGAUUUAAGUCAAAACUGUAACUAGGCCACUCAGGAACAUGGUGUCGCCCUUGGUAAACAACUCCAGUGUAGAUUUGGCCUUGCGCUUUAGGUUAUUGUCCUGCUGAAAGGUGAAUUUGUUUCCCAGUAGACUGAACCAGGUUUAACUUCUAGGAUUUUCCUGUGCUUAUAGCUGUAUUUUGUUUAUUUUUAUCCCUAGUCCUUGUCGAUGACAAGCAUACCCAUAACAUGUUGCAGCCACCACCAUGCUUGAAAAUAUGAAGAGUGGUACUCAGUGAUGUGUUGGAUUUGCCCAAAACAACACUUUGUAUUCAGGAAUAAAAAAAUGUUUCAGUGCUUUGUUGCAAACAGAAUGCAUGUUUUGGAAUAUUCUUAUUCUGUACCGGCUUCCUUAUUUUCACUCUGUCAUUUAGGUUAGUAUUGUGGAGUAACUACAAUGUUGUUGAUCAAUCCUCAGUUUUCUCCUAUCACAGCCAAUAAACUCUGUAACUGUUUUGAAGUCACCGUUGGCCUCAUUGUGAAAUUCCAUAGUGGUUUCCUUCCUCUCCGGCAACUGAGUUAGGAAGGACACCUUUAUUUUUGUAGUGACUGGGUGUAUUGAUACACCAUCCAAAGCCUAAUUAAUAACUUCACCAUGCUCAAAGGGAUAUUCAUUGUCUGCUUAUUGGUGCCCUUCUUUGCAAGACAUUGACUAACCUCCCUGAUCUUUGUGGUUGAAAUUCACUACUUGAUUGAGGGACCUUACAGAUCAUUUGUAUGGGGUAGUUAUUAAAGAAUCAUGUUAAUUAACCACUAUUGUUGAACACGGGAUGAGUCCAUGCAACUUGUUAUUUGAUUUGUUAAGCACAUUUUUACUCCUGAACUUAUUUAUGCUUGCCAUAACAAAGGGUUGAAUACUUAUUGACUCAAGAUGUUUCAGUUGUACAUUUUAUUAAUUUAAAAAACAUUCUACAAAGAAAAUUCCACUUUGACAUUAUGUGGUAUUGUGUGUAGAUCAGUGGCACAAAAUCUCAAUUUAGUCAAUGUUAAAUUCAGGCUGUAACACAAUAAAAUGUGGAAAAAGUAAAGGGGUGUGAAUACCGUCUGAAAGCACUGUAUAUUUCUUCUGCAGUGAAGAUUUGUUUGAAUACUAUUGCAUGCAAAAAUAUAUUUUUUUAUGCCUAUGGAAGUUGAUGCAAUGCAUUUUGUACUCACUGUCCAACACAAUAUGGCGAUUCCAAACCAAGUGACUCCAGAGCAGUGUCUGAUCAAAGGACCAGCAAUGUAAUCAUAACAACCUGAAAAUAAAGAUUA